UUCCGGGUCCGGUCGUGUCCGUGAACCGGUCUCCUGUCCGGGUGGAUCUCGAGUCCCGGGUUCCAUAGACAAAUAGAGCACAGACGAAGACUGGAGAGGAGGAAUUAGGAAAGGGGAAAGCCGCCAUGGAGGCCUACAAGCUUUGGGUCCGGAAGAAUAGAGAGUUCGUCCACUCUUUGGAAUCGUUGGCCAACGGCAUCACAUGGCUUCUCCCGGAGCGCUUCUCGGAUUCCGAGAUCGGUCCCGAAGCAGUAUAUGCGUUUUUGGGCGUAGUCAGUGCUGUGAACCAGCAUAUAAUUGAGACGACGCCGAGCCGAAUCCACCCUCGGGGUUCUGGGGAUUCAUUUCCAUGGUCUUUAUGCAUCUCCAUGCUCAAAGAUGUUGAGGCGGUGGUCGAGGUUGCUGCCCAACACUUUGCUGGUGAGGAGGGCAAGUGGAAUUUCAUUGCUGCCACUGAGGCGGUGAAGGCAUUAUUUAGGUUAGCGGUUUUCCGUGAUGGCGGAUACAGGAUGCUCUUGCAAGGAGGGGAGUCAGUGAACGUCGAUAAGGGGCCUGAUGUUGCGGGAGUCCCUCAUGGUGGGGUUGGAAAUCUUGGAAGCCCAGUUGGAUAUCAUGGGCCUGGUUAUAUCCCAGAAUAUCAUGGCUAUAUACCCAGGAAUCUCGAAGGAAGAGCUAUUAAUGCAUUGAACCGGUUCGGAGAGAAUGCAAAAAUGGCCUUGGAUCCAGAAUGGCUGAACAGGCUUCGUAGGACUUCGGAGUCUCCUGAAUUGCCAGUUAAAAAAUUGACACUGUCAAACAUUUGGUCCGAGAAGGGGCUUUCCGGUGGACUAUUUGUGACAGGGGAGGCGCUUUUUAUCUUGAGACCGCUUAUAUAUGUUCUGUUUAUUAGAAAAUAUGGGAUUAGAUCCUGGACACCUUGGUUAAUUUCACUGGCUGUGGACCUCACUGGAAUGGGUGUUUUUUCUUAUGCUACAAGUCAAGGUAGUAGAAGUGGAGAUAAAUUUUAUCAGCUUUCGUCCUCUGAAAAGGAUGAGUUGAAAAGAAGAAAGCUGAUAUGGGCACUUUACAUCAUGAGAGAUCCAUUCUUUACCAAGCAUACCAAGAACCGGCUUGAGAAGACUGAUAAGUACUUGAGCCAAGUUCCAUUUAUUGGGUUCCUUACAGCUAAACUUAUAGAGCUUAUAGAGGGUGCUCAAACACGAUACACAUACACAUCAGGUUCAUGAGGAGAAUUACCCAAACCCAGGGGCUUUCCUGCUGAGACAGUCAUGAGUGAUACAAAUAUGAAUGUGGAUACUAAAAUUUGUGUUCUUAUCUGAAUGGAUUCGGCGAGGGAAACAGAUUUGAAUGGAUAAUGCUGUUCCAUUUUCACCCUCGGUUGUAUCUUUGUGCAGUGUGACCCACUUUAAGUAAAUAACAAGUUUUGUAUCAGAAUAACAAGAUGACUGAUUUCUUUCUAAUUGCUAGUUCCUCAGAACAAGUAAUUCAUGUAUUAGUUCAUUACUUUCCAGAAUGAGAAUAGAGGUGGCAACAAGGAUUAAGUUGGUGUCCAGCUUGAAGAAAUGAGCAUAUCAUCAGGUGAGAAAAAACUUGGUUGGAGGAAAUGCUCUCAUGUUUGCUUAAUAAAAGAAAAAGGAAAAAAAAAAGAAAGUUUGUUAUUCUCUUGCUGUCCUCUAAACCUGUCACAUUUCUGCAUUUUAAAUGGAUGACAACGAUUAGCUUCAAGGAGCCCCAGUUGGCUGUGGACUGUAACCUCCAAAAUCUCGUGAUCCCGUACAACAUGAAAUUUUCUCACCAGAGAAGGAAGGUCAACUUGGCCAACGCCGGGAAAACCAAGAUACCAGUUCUUGUUCUUCUUUUUUCAUCUUUCUCCUCUUUUCUACACUGGUGAUGGUUCAAUAGCCUAAGAUAAGUGAGUGUUGUAUACUGUUCAUUCAUUGCUGUUUUCAUUUGGUUGAUGGAUGAAUACAAUUGCUUCACCAGCAAUUUCUGCAGUGCCAUUUCCCCCUA